UAAAAAUAAAAGCUGGCAUCAGAAAUCCCCAUCGUUUUCCUCUCCGCCGUACUCUCCUCAGUCCCAGCGACCCACGGCGGCUGACCCACCGGCCGCUGCCGGUGCCCGACCUCUUCUCCUCCGCCUACUCCUCUUCCGCGGCGAGCACCCCAACCCCUCCGCCUUUCACGGGCCGCCAUCACCGUUCCCCUUCCAGUUCGACCUUCCGGCUCCGCAAUUCCGGCCACCGGUGGGUUUCUGAGUUCACAAUGGGGAACUUCGUGCCUGGUAUAAGUACAGUGGAUCAUUGCCAUCCAAGGAUAUCAAGCCAUCGAAUUGAGCCAUUCACCAUUCUGGCUUUCAGAGCUAUAUCAGAGCACAUAAUACGAUGUGAAGUGUUCGAUCGAAAGCUGAUAGCAAACGGCCGGUUUCAACUGCUGACCAUUCUCAUCUGCGGAGCAAUCCAUGCCAAAGGAAUAGCAGUGAACGGUCGAUUUAAUCUGUGUGGUAUUCUCAUCUGUGGAGUUCUGUCCGACUACCUCUGGCACGAACCAACCGAUGGAGAGGAACCGCCGGUUGAUCUGGUUGGAAACCUUCCAGAGGACGUGUUAUGCACAGUUUUGUCAAAGUUGUCUCUGGAAGAGGCUGUAAGAACCAGUGCUGUAUCAAGGAAAUGGAGAUACUUGUGGACAGUUUGUCCUAAACUGAGUUUUGAUGGAAAUACAAUACGUGGCAAGAAUAAUUAUGAGAAAAGAGUGUAUAAUCUAGUGUUCAGUCACAUUGUUAAUAGAGUCCUGGGACAGUGCCGUGGCAAGUUGGUUGAAGAGCUUGAAAUCAAAAUUGAGUUGAACCGGAUGUUGGUUGAACAUCUUGAUAAUUGGGUUCGUUUUGCUGUAUCAUCGCGGGCAAAGGCACUAGUUUUUGAUUUAGCACGAGAACAGCGUCAACCUCCAGGUUGUGUUGAUCGGUACAAAUUUCCAUUUGAGCUUUUAGACGAGGACAGUAUACACCGUCUACAGAAACUUCAUCUUAGCUUUGUAGAUUUCCAGCCACCAAUGCAUUUUAGUGGUUUCCCUAACCUAAGGAAGCUUGAUCUGAGCAUAGUGAGUGUCAAUGGGAAGGAUAUUCAACAUGUGUUGUCAAACUGCUGUAACCUAGAGUGGCUGAGUAUUGUUAGAUGCCAUCUCAAUGGUGAACUAAAGGUUAACGGCCCACUGCCCCACCUGCUAUACUUGAAAGUUGCUACCUGCAGAUUAACAAAUAUAGCAUUCCAUGCCGUGAACCUUGCGACUUUCGAAUACAGAGGACUGGCGGUGCCUAUUGACCUCAGUAAAUCAUCGGAACUGAAAUGUGCAAACAUAUGGUAUUAUGGAGACACGCUCGAGCACACUAUUACUGUUCUUGCUAAUGUGCUUAUAAAUGUGCAACAUCUGACCCUCGAUACGGCCUGUGAACCUCCAAAGAUUCCCUGUUUGAUGCAUUACCGAUGCAAGUUUUCUCAGAUGACGUGUUUACAAUUGAGGUUGGUCUAUAUCCAAGAAUUCAAUAUAUUAUCUUUGGUCUCUUUUGUGAGGUCUGCUCCUUUCAUCAAGAAGUUAGAGCUGCACUUUCGUUUCCCCAGUUACGUGCAUUCGGUACAAGAAUCUGAUGAACCAAUCAGGAAGCUACCGGAGCGUCUGUUCAACAACUUAAAGAGUUUGUACGUUACAGGAUUUAAAGCAUGCAUCGGUCAAGUUGAGUUCCUUUCGCACAUGGUGGAAAAUUCCCCUGCACUGGAGAUUUUAAGUAUAGACCAUUCAGACAAAUAUCCCCUAGAAGGCCGUGAACAGGACACGAAAAUGGUUGUUGACGCGGUCCAUAGAAUUGCUAGAAGGUAUCUUGAAGGGAAGAUUUCAUCCAAGUGCACCCUAAUAUUACUGUAAGGGAUUUGUUGGUAUAGGGAUGUACAUUGUAUCUCUAUCUGGGGAUGGAAAAUCCUAUUGGCGGCAUCUUUAAACAUGUCUGCAUUGGUUACUGUUAUGUGCAUUGUGACUUGGUUUUGCAUGGUCCAUUAUAAUAUUGAAUUGAAUGAACAUGCUUCCCUUUGCAUAAAUCCGCUAUUUGCCCUCCUCUACAGUACUCAUUGCGUACAACUCUAUUAACCUCGGAGUUCCACGUUUUCACCCCAUUUUGGAUGACGUAUAUGCUUCCUCCCUGCAUGACAUGUAUGGACACAUGGGGCCUUCUCUUUUUUUAGCAGGCACGCAGCCCUAGUUGUUUUAGUUUUUUUUCACCUCGCCGUCUCCCCUGUGCUACCAGGUGUGGCGCUGGGUGUUAUCCGAUCGUCCAAAGCAUUCCCGCCUAACGAGUAACUGCUUGCUUCUGUAUAAUUCUUCUAUUUUUAUUCCUCUUGGUUUACCGGCUGUUGUUCCUCUGGUUACCGGUUGUGCUCUCCUCUGCUAGCUCCUGCUGGCCUGUGCACCGGGCGCCAGCAGCUGCCUCCGCUG